CCUUGAUAAGUUACGCAUAAUUUCAGCAAACAAAUAGUACUGCCAACUCAUUGGACGUUAGGCUUGCGGGAACUUUAACUUUCGUGCUACCUGCAUCCACGCUUAUGGGAGAGGACCAUACUUUAGACGAUGUUGAUUACGACAGUGAAACAGCCAGUUUAUCAGAAAAUGAGAAUUUGGAUGAGGGACUUUUUAUUUUGGAUCAUAUAGAAUGGGUGAAAAAUCACCGAAAAGAGAAUUUUGAGCUACCUGAAACUGUUAGUGUAAUUGAUUGUGAGAAUCAGUGUAAGGUGUAUCUAGUGGGGACUGCACACUUCAGUCAAGAAAGCAUAAAUGAUGUGAAAACAGUUAUGGAGAAGACAUAUCCAGACAUUGUUGUGCUAGAGUUGUGUGCAAACCGUCGCCAAACUUUGACAAUGGAUGAAGAAAAGAUUAAACAGCAUUUGAAAGACAUUAACCUUCGAACUAUAAUAAAGAGUCAAGGUCUAAGCUCAGGCAUUCUACAUUACCUUUUGCUUCGACUAAGUGGUUACUUGGUGGAUAUACUUGGAAUGGCCCCUGGUGGAGAAUUCCGAGCUGCAGCCAAAGAGGCAAUGAAACAGCCUCACUGUCAUGUUCUACUAGGAGAUCGUCCAAUAAAUAUUACACUGUAUAGAGCUAUAGAAGCUUUGGGUCCAUGGACAAAAUUGAAAUUUUUUGUUUCUCUACUAUUCAGUUUUCAACCUGUUACGAAAGAAGAAAUUGAAGAAAUGAAAAAGUCUGAUUUCUUAGAAAAAUUACUAGUCGCAAUGGCUGGAGACCAUCCUGAAUUAACGUAUAUCCUGCUAGAUGAAAGAGACAAGUAUUUAGCUCGGUCUAUCUGGGAGGCUACUGGGAUGGAAGAAUAUUUAAAGUUGAAGGCAACAAAAGCUACUACCACUACCACUAAUCCUACUACCGUCACUCCUAAUGGACCAUCCUAUCAUGAGGAUGGUGAAGAAUCUGUUCUUCGACAUCGUGACAAUCUUAAACAAUUGGGUGACAAUAUUUCAGAAAAACCUACUGAAGGCGAAGACGAAGAAGCACAUGAAGAGGCAACAGAAACAGAGGGAGGUGAACAUUAUUCCAAUCAUGUGACUGUUGACAAUCCUCCUCCAAAGUCAAGCUGUUGUUCUAACUGGCCACCGCCAAGUGUAAUACCAAGAGUUGUAGUUGCUGUUGUCGGCAUAGGACAUGUUGCUGGAAUUAAAAAGUUUUGGCCAGUAGCGGAUACAAUCAAUAAGGCUGAUUUAUGUGUCCUAUUGAAACCUCCUCUAUCUUGGCGUAUAUUUAAAUGGAUAUUACGAGGAGUUUUACUGUCUACAGUGCUUGGAAUUAGUUAUGGUGUAGUCCGGUGUACUUAUACACUUGGAGCAUAUACUUAUAGGCAAAUGUUCAUGUAAAUAAAUAAAUAAACGACUACCUCUAGUCAUUCAUUGGUGGUGCGUAUGUGCAUGGGUGCGGUGGUGUUGUCGUCGUCGUCGUCGACUUUGCCGUUAUUGUUGAUUCUGAACUGUGAUUUCUUAUUCUGUUUCGGCCGAAAAUGCCUUUCUUUUCUAACCUGUCACAUUUUUUUAAAUUUCAAUUGCUCUGUAUUCACCGUGUGAGUGGUAAACAGACAUAUAUAUAUGUGUGAUGUCUCGGUUGUACAUUCCCUUGGUUAUGGGAUCUCUUUUUUAUAUGGUUUUUGAGAUAAAAGCAAAAAAGACUUUUUUGUCUAUUUUAGAUGAAUCUUUCAACGACAAAAAAUAUAUACAAAUAUACGUUUUAUUUUCGAA